AAAAUUUAUUGCAGAAAAAAGUUCUAGAAAAAGCUAAUGCUCGCGCAUAAUAUUUUGGUUAUAGGUAACAUAAUAUAUAGUGACAUUGUUUCUUUUAACUGAGAUAUGUAAGUUAAAGAAAUUGGUGUACGCCAUGGAACACUUAACAAGAGAUGAAGUGACGUUGUAUAACGACAGUGGGACGAGUGAACUAGAAAAAUUGAAGAUAUUAAAUUGCAUGGUGGACCGCUUAUUAGUUGAUCGUGAAAAUGGUAAACAUGGGUCUUCACUUGAUGCUAAACUACAUCACCAGCAACAAAUAUCUACUUAUAAGCAAUCAGACAUAAAGAGAAUUCCAGUUGAAGCAGUUGCAGGUGAAGAUCACUGGGGGGCCAAAAAAUACCUAAACAGUGGAUUUGACUUUGUAAAUGAAUAUUUUGCCCAAUCAGAUGAACUCUCUACUAAAACAAAUUCAAUGAAACAUGUACUCGCAUCGCACAAAAGUUCUUACCAAGUGGUGCAAUCUAACAAUGAACUAUUUCAAACCCCAAAAAAUGAAACAAAAGUGAACAUGGUUUCAAGUGAAGGUAGAUCUGAGAGCGAUAAUGAUAGCGAUGGUAGUGAUGUAGAGUCUGUAAAAUCCACAUUGCAAACUCACAGACCAUGCUAUGAACCUCAGAAUUCUGAACUUGUAGUAUUCUCACCGGAAAUAAUAACAAGAGAAAUUCAUGAGUUAGAAAUUACCAUUAAGAAAGAUCAUAAAAGAACUCCUCUAUAUAGUGAAGCUGAAAACUAUAAAUUACAUGAUGAGUAUAGCACACCUAUGCACCUCAACAUAGAAGCAUCAACUACUGCUGUAGAUAAUCUAACGGUAGGAAGUCACGAACAUGAAAGUAGUGGUGUUAUCCCAAACAUUACUGAACAAAGCCAAUGUGUUCCUUCUAUUGGAGAAAGUGUGACUCGUGAUAGAAAAAUAGUAGCACCUGCUACCUUGAGCAAAGAUUCAAUACCAGAUUCAAUGGGUAGCUUGGAAACAAAAAUAGAAUACCAAUAUCAUGGAAAAAAAGGUAAUUGGGGUGUACAUGACAAAGAAAGUACAUCCAAAUCUCUUCCUACCACUCCUUUGCCAGCUGUAUCUAACAGAAUCAAGAGAUCCACAUCUCGUCCACAAUCUGCAACUAAAUCAAGAAAAGAAGUUUGGACAGCAGGCACUAUUUUUAAUUCUGCGAAUUUAGAUGUCAGACAAAAUUGGCUCUUGAAAGAAAAACUGCUGCAAAAGAAAAGAAAGGAAUUUUGUACGUUACCCUUAAAGGAUUUAUCUACAAAUUGUAGUGAAACCACAACUCAUUGUACCCCACAUAUGAUGAUGUUACCAGACGAACUGAUAUUGGGAAUUUUUUCUUUCUUAUCAAUUAAAGAUAUAGCUUCUGCAACAGCUGCAUGUAAGAAGUUUUAUCGUAUUGGAAAUGACAGCAGUCUCUGGAAGGUUGUAACCCUGCAAUCAUGUGAGCUAAAGGACAAGUUUUUAAGUGGGAUCGGGUCAAGAAAACCAAGAGGUUUAGAAUUAUUAAGUUGUGAUGGUAAGAAAAUAUCGAAUAGAGGUCUUCGAGAGUUGUUUAAGAACUUGAAGCAGUCUUUGGAGUAUUUAAACAUAAGCAAAUGCAGUGGUGAUAAUCUUACAGGAGAUACAAUUAUGCUGCAUGCUUCCACUUACUGCAAACAUCUCAACAAAGUUGUUAUACCAUGGAGCAGUACAACAGACAAUGGUCUAUCCAGCUUAUCAUACGGUCUAAAGCGGUUGGCCCAUUUAAACAUUAGUGGAAACUCUGCAAUCACAGAUGAGGCAUUCAAAGUUCUGUUGGAACAACAUGCACACAAUCUUAAGGUGCUGGAAGUAGCCGGCUGUUUUUCACUUUCAAGCGAAAGUUUUGGUCAAAUGGCUGAAAAAUCGACUCCAAAUAAUUUACGAAAACUGAACAUUGGGCUUUGUAAAGUUGCGGAAGACACAAUUAACUCGUUGUGUGGCAAAUUACCUUCACUGCGUCACUUGGACAUGCAUGGCAUAAAAUCAGUUACAGAUCUGUGCAUUCAGACUGUUACACAACAAUGCAAAAACAUUCAUACUCUAGUGUUAUCUCAUUGUGUGUCUCUGUCUGAUCAGGCACUGUUUCAAAUGUCAGAAAAUUUACCAUUAUUGAGAAACCUUAAUAUAUCAGGAUGCUGUAAAGUAACUGAUGAUGGUGUAUCAUCUAUUACUUCUGCAUUACCAUGCUUACAAACCUUAGACAUUAGUAGCACAGGUGUCACUCAUAUUUCUGUUACUGCAAUUGCUCAGUUUGGCUUGCAGUGGCUAACAUCUUUAAAAUUAAGUUUUUGCCAUAACGUAACCAAUGAGUGUUUAUAUUCAUUAUUAACCUCGUGUCCUUCAUUAGAGUUAUUACAUUUAUACGGUUGCAGACGUAUCCAAUUUGAAUCACUUUUAAAAAUACGUCCUGCAUUGUUAUUGAAGUAUUAAUUUAUUUCUUAAAAGGUUGUGUGACUGCCUAAUGAAAAUGUUGAUCAUGUUUAAUUUUUCACACUGUGGUUUAUCAUACCAGUUGCAAUAUUAAAUUUAGUUUACUAAUAUUAUCUGGUUUGUGGGACCCAUUUCUCAUAGCAGCAUAAACUGAGUUAUUGCGCCAAAAACAUCUACAUGUAAAUGUACAAUGAUCACUAACAUAAAAAAGUCUUCAACAUUUAUAUUGGAACUUAAUUGUAAUGUUUUAUUCGUAUAUGCUACUAGGAACAGAAUGACUUCAUGAUA